UUUGUCCACAUUAGCAGAAUGUCUUGCAGGUCAAGAGCGUUGAAUUAUUCUGAUUGCAACUGUAUCCCAAACAAACCCAAUAUGCACUAAUAUUUUCAUAGUUGCCUUUACAACUGAUUCAGACUGAACUCAUUAGUAGAUAUUUAUAUAACAUUAACAUAUGGUUAGAUAUAAGGUAGCUAUAGUAUAGGAAGGUGCCACAACAAUAUGACGCGCUCUCUCUCUCUCUCUCUCUCUCUCUCUCUCUUUCUCUCUCUAGAACGAACGUAUGAACAUAGGCGCAGUAUUUGUGUCGCAUCGUCUUCACGGGCAGAAUUGCUGAAGGAAAUACAAAAGACAAAUGAAUGAACGACGCUAACGACAGUCUCACAGGUUGAUCUCAGAAAAAUGUGGAUACCUUGCAGAGAACUGAAGCUGUAACGACUAAUCAAUAAAAUGCAAUCCAACAGCAAAACCCAUCCAUCCAUCAGGAGAAUAAAUUAUAAGGAACGGUUGAGCAUAUGAUUUCAAAAAGCAACCACAGCCUAUAGGACAGACUGUCACUAUGGUGCCUCUACUCCAACUCUUUUUUCUAUUGCCUCUUAUUAAGCCAAUCACAAAUCAUGUCCAUGGAAAUGCUAUUUCAUCUCCAACCACUCAUUCAAAUCACAGUCUGUUUUCUCAGACUUACCUGCUUUUCAGAAAAAUUGAACACAGAUCAGCAGCCAAUGCUGCGUUAGAAACUGCGAGACCGUUUCUUCAUGGCUUCUAUCAGAAAAGUGUUAUUAAAUCAAGCGAAGAUCCAAACGAAUGGAAUGAAAGUGGAAAUACUGAGGAAACACUGUCAGAAAAAACAUUACAUACUGACAUAACUGGGUUAAGAGGUAUAUUUUUAUUAUCACCCAAAAGAGUCAAAAGAGGUCCUACCCAAAAUGCCAUAAUGCUACAAGAUGCUGCUGGAAAAGAAAAGGAGACUGCUGAUGAGACAGAGUCAAUGACAGAAGGACCAGUCACUGAAUUUGAAGAGAAAGACCUAUCAACAGCUGGGUCAGGUGAUAUGUUAACACCCAGAGAAAUUGGCUUCAUUGGAUCAUCAACAGAGGCAAUAUCAUCUUUUGAUAAAAAGCACACCCAGUACAGACCGCAAGUUCAGACUAGUGUGCUGGCUAUUUUGGCCACAGUACAAACAAAUCCAACAUUCAAACGUUCACUCUUGACCAGUCCUUCUACAAUUUCACCACCUAAUGAAAUGCCUGUAUCCACUUCCAGUAGGAUUAGCCGAUUGGACUCCAACAUGACUGAACUGGAAAUAGUUAGGUUGGGGAUAACCACUCCUGCUAAAAUUCAGCCAAGGCAGUUUACCACUUUACAGUCACAUACUGAGGCCACCUCUCUUAGCACAAGCACAACCAAUCUACAACUAGAGGCACCAUCACUGGGAGUGGACAUCAUUACUUCCAACUCUUCACAACCAAAAAUCACUUCACACUCAACAAAAUCAGCAAAAAAAUUAAAUGACCAGUCAAAGGAGCCAGGAAUGAAAGGAACAGUGACCGAUAUAAAGAACACUAAAGACACUACAACUUUUCAAAGGACUGCCUCUCCUCAUCCGACUGGACAUGGAAAUUUUCCAUUCUCAGAAAAUGAUGGAACAUUUACAAAGAAGGACCAGUCAGUCUUACAGGGAAUAGUCCCAUCUCUGAAGUCAAACCCUGCCUCUCCAACCUAUACCCUACCCAAGGACCCCUGUGCUUCUGGUGUGGGUCACUGUAUUUUUUCCAAAGAUCAAAACAACAAUGAUAAAUAUGGCACAACAAAUGGGAGCUUUUUAGUGUGGGCAGACUUAAAACGCACACUUUCAUUUGCAUGGGAGCUGCAUGUAUUUGGUUCUGCUGCCCUUUUCUUUCUGCUGACUGCUGGCUCAGCCCUCGGUUUAGCUUUAUCUCUCAGCUUGAGCUGCCCUCACCGUGGUGAACUGAUACUCACCAAUAGUCUCUUACUAGUUGCAGGUGCAGUUAGAGCAGGCCACUUCUUGCUUGACCCAUAUGGGACUCGGCUCCUUCUGCCACCUCCUGUCGUAAUAGCUUUAUGCACUCUGCCAUUACCGCUGUUAAUUCUGGCACAGGCUGCAUUAGUGAUACUGGUACUAAAAGAGACAGGUGUAAGCUGGCUUCCUCCAUCACUUCAGCGCCCCCCUCUUUUAGGAGUGUUAGCUGUUUUCCAAUGCACUCUCCUACUUGCUGCAGACUUACUUUCCCCUGCACUUUCGCCUGCUGUUCCCAUUGUCCUUCAGAGCCUCACGCUGACUGCAGGCCUCGUACUGUGUUUAGGCUACGUUUUCUUGGCAUUGCCACGCUUCUCUCACACACAUUCAGCUCGGGCAGGGAAUAAAGGGAUGGGUGAAGUAAAGAUGCGGGUUUUAGCACGGGUACUGGCAGUGUGUGCUCUUCUUGGGGUGCUGUGCUGUCUGUUGCACAUUUAUGUCUGCUUGUGGCUGUAUGGACUUCUAGGAGACUGGAGGCGCUUUCGUUGGGCAUGGUGGCUCUGUCAGUUCUGGGUACGACUGUUGGAGCUAGCCUGGGCUUUCUGCUUGCUUCUGAUGUCUUCCUGGGUCUUCUGGAAACCCAAUGGAGGAGCACCAAGACAGGAAGGAGCUGCCACAGGAAGCUUGCCCUCACCCUCCCAAUCAUCAAACUCUACCAGCAGACAUACUUGCUGGGCAAAGAUUGUGCAGAGCCUCAAGGUAAGGCAACAAAGGAAAUCCGAAAGCAAUGGGAUUGGAGGGUCAAAUUGUGGUUCAGGGGCCGGAGAGUUGCCUAAUAACUGGGCAGAUCAGGAGCGAUCAGGGGCAGACAUUAGCAAGAGCCUCAUACGAAAUCGUGAUCCCCUCAAAGACAGCAAUCAUUUGCGCAAUCUGAAAGGCUUUGCAGGGGGCUCUGCAGGUUCAUUGCUAAGGCUUCAGGCACUUGCUCAGCCACUACAACGCUCUUUAAGCAGCAGUUUGGACAGGGACAAGGAGUCAGCCAUCUCCCUCUGCGAUUUUGACCUGCGCCCACCAACUCCAAUUGACCUCAGCCGCAGUAUUGAUGAGGCACUUCAUCGUGAGCAUCUGUUCAUGGGUGAAAGUUUGUUCCAGCCACUGCGACCCCCAUCACCUCCUCUGUCUCCAAACCUUUGGAUGCGACGGAAUAGUGACCCCCAAAUCACACUGUCAUUGAGCAGUGAUGAACACACAUUGCUCACAGAGUCCUCUGCAGGUCUGGAUCGCUCCAUUCCUAGUGCUGUGCCCAGCCGACAAGUCACAGCACCCCCCACACCCACUCAUCAGGGCUUCCGUUGGGUCUCUGAGGCACAAGUGCCUUCCUCUUUGUCCUGCCCGGUCUCACUGCACCCUUCCCCAAGCACAAGCCAUGUCUUCAUGCCCAGUGAACAAAACACAAGGCCGUUUCUAACCCCUGACCUCGACAGUUCACAAUCAAAUACCAGAGGGGGGCAGAGCUACUUGAAAGUUGCUCGAAAUGAUGACUCAGCCAGUGUCAGCAGUGACAUUAUUGACCUUUAAACAUAUGACGCACAGCAACUCCAGAUUACAACGUAUUCAUAUUCUCCAAAAUGUAUAGAUUAUACAUUUAAUCCUGAUUUGCAGUCUAAUUGCUGUAUAAUGGCACUUAAAGCGGAGGAGAAACAUACUGUUAAGUGGCUUCAUCAGAUUUUAUUAAAUGAACUGAAAUGUUAAGUGCAAUAAGCACUGGAAAUAUAAGUUCUUCAUUUAAAAAAGUAUUUUUUACAGUAGUGCACAUACUAUAAGACAUCUAUGGGGCAAGGCAUACCAGAGGCAGAAAUCUGCAGCUUGUAUUAACUAUUAUUAAUGUUUUCGUACAAAAUGUGUCAUUUGAUCUGUAAACUAGUCGUUUUAGUGGUGUGACCACUGUUUUAGGCAAAAUAACCUCUAGAUGUGAAUGAACAUAAUUUCUGUUGGUGUAGUUGCUCUGCGUAAAAUACUUUGGUAUCUCCUGUUAUAUGUUACAUGUUAUAUUUAAGUUUUGUGGCUGUACUUUGCAGUAGUGUGCGUAUUUUUAUGUUUAUUCUGGUGCAGUGCCUUGUCCCCUAGUGCAACCUAAGUGCUACCUUAGCAUGCAUUGUGAGAGCUGUGUCUGGACAUUGUCAACCCCCCACCCCCCCUCCCCUCGGUUGCACUGCAUUUGAACAGAAAUUAUAUUGGAUGUGCCAGUUGAUGGAUGUGGAAGUUGAUUUUCUGGCCCAUGCUUUGUACUUCCAGGUAAUUCCUGCAAUGCAGCAUACCUAAAACAUGCUAUUCUUACAACUGGAGUUAUGUUUAGUAAAAUAAUUUUGAUAUAGAUGACUUUGGUGGUUGUUAUAUAUUCAGCUGUUUAGUCAAAAUUUUAACAACAAAUCACUAAUUUAUUCAAUAUAGAACAUUUAUGUGAGCAAUAAAUUAUAAAAUGCUGCGAGUGUAACAGAUUAUGUAUAUACUCAAUUAUUUUUUUAUUUUAAUUUUUUGUAAAUUAUGUAUUCUGAUUACAUUUAAUGCAUACUGUGAAUCAUUCCUUCUACAAAAUAUACUGAUACUGGCAGAAUAAGGACUAAAGUUACACUACAUUUAUCCAAGCUUAUCUGUCUGUAGGACAAUACAACAGAUACACAUCCUGAGAAAUGUUAAUGUGCACCAUUUAAGUGUGACAUGAAAGGAACAUGAUAAUAUGCUUUGUACAUUUUCUUGUUUAGUUGAAAAGUUUUGUUCCUCUCCCUUUCACUUUUACAAUGGCAAGGAGCAGUUUUAAUAUUGGUUUCAUGUUUGGAAAUAAACAGGAUGUUGUAUAUUGA